AUGACGCCUGGUCAGUUCAGUCGCAUCCAUGCCCUUGUGGCAGAAAUUGCAGACUUGAGUGGAACCUUCAAGGGUUCUUCUGAGCAGUUUAUGGUCGAUAGCUCGCCAUUCUUGAAGAAAUCCGAGGAACUUGCCGCUCUUGUGCAGUCCCCCGAAGAGCAUGCUACAUCAUUGAUUCUCAGGACAAUGGAAACGGCUGUUAUUAGGACACUACUGUCGUUGAAUGUCAUACAGACUAUUCCGAGUACAGGUUCUAUCUCCCUCCAAGACCUUGCGCUGGCCACCAAAACCCAGGCAUCCCUACUCGAGCGUCUCCUGAGAGUAGUGACAAGAACAGAUUUUAUUAUUCGCGAGAAUGGAGGAUAUCGCCACACGCACACAUCAUUGGCCUAUAAUGGUUUGCUUGGGGCGCUUUUCGCGCCGUGUUAUGACGAAGGAAUUCGCGCCUUGAUUAGGCUGCCCGAGUACCUGGCUGUGAAGGAUAAGGAAGAGGCAAAAAGCGCUAUGCACAGUCCGUUCACGUGGAAUGAAGGCCAUGAUGGCAAGGCUACAUUCGAGAUUCUGUCCACAAUGCCAGAAAGAAUGGAAGGCGUACACACUUUGGCAAUGAAUGUCCAACAUUUGCGGCCAUACGCAGGCGUAUUUGACUAUGCCAAAAUUGCCUGCGAGGAUAGUGAAAGAAUCGUGUUCGUGGAUGUGGGUGGGGGAAGUGGACAUGUUAUUAAGGAGAUCCUGCAAGCAUUCCCUCAGAUACGACCUGAACAGUGCGUCUUGGAAGAUCGCGCAGAGACGCUUGAGCUAGCCAGGACGACGGGAUUGCUUCCCUCUGGCGUGCAGCUUCUUGAGCAUGACUACCUUGCUCGUCAGCCAAUUUCAAAUGCGAAGGCAUACCACCUACGUGCAGUAGCUUAUAAUUUGGGCGAUAUCGAACUUGUCCAGCUGUUGAAGCAGAUAGUACCAGUAAUGGGGCCUGAUUCAAAAGUUUUGAUAGCCGAGAAUAUCCUAUUUGCUGACAAUGGCACUGCAUUCAGUACCGUGUCAGAUAUGAUUAUGUUGUGCAUUGGCGGCAAAGAAAGAACGGAGCGAAAUUUCUGUGAAGUCCUCGAUGAGGCCGGCCUGGUGAUCGAUGGAGUUCAUCGUGCAUCCGGGUUAGAGUACGGAAUUGUGGAGGCAAGCUUGAAGAUCUAA